AAAUGCAAAUGGCCGAUUGAUUAUAUCAGUACACACAUUCGACAUUAGAACGACGCUGUUCAUUCAACCGAUUAGUUUUUAUUAGUUUGACUCAAUUGACGCAAAUCAAAUCUGAAUUUUUUUUCUUACCCAAUAAGAUGGAUAUUAUCAACGCAGAUUAUAUGGAAACUUUUGAAAAAUUUCAAAGCACUCUCAAAUCGACAAAAUACGCUUUGGCACAACUGGAUGUUUUGUCGGAAUCAAUUAAAUUAGCCGAUCCGAAAGAAGUGGAAGAACCGAAUAUUAAUUUUGUUCUAUCGUCGCUGUGCACAAAAUGGAUGCAAUUGAAUGCUGGACUGGGUAAACUCAACUGUAUCAAUACAACGGCAAAUCAAAAUGACGUGCACAACACGACAAAUGGCACGGCAAACCAAUUGAUUUUGUACUCAAUUCUCGAUGAAUUCAAACUGAACGAGAGUCAAAAGCCACAAUCGCCGUGCAUUGAUGUUGAUCGGAAGACGGGUUACAUUGGGCUCGGUUUCAUCUCACACAUUGCAAAUGAAUCACAAGGAACUGUAUACGUACUGGAUGUAAUGUCAAUGCCGGAUCCAUUGGUUUUGUAUGGAUCCACACCGAAGCCACUCGGACAUGCACCGACGCCCGGCGAAAUGUUUGCAUACGUUUAUCAGGAAAAGUAUUUGGUUCGUGCUGUUCGGCUGGCAUUCGAAUGUCGUGACCAAAAUAGUUCAACAAAUCAAUUUGGUGCAAUGCUCAUUGACAUCGGCUGCGUGGUUCGUAUCGAUGUCAAACCAAAUUACCGUGACUUGUAUGAGGUCACACAGGCCGCCAAAAUCAUUCCAGCCUAUGCAAAAUUGUGCCAUCUGGUUCAAAUCCCACCCAAGAUGUGCGUUCAUGAUUUGCUACACACGCGUGUCCACUACAAGGUUUUGUGCAACGAUGGAAACCAAAUGUUUGUCAACAUCGUGAGCGGAGGGAUUAAUCCGUUCGCGGUCGAACAACAAAAGGAAUGGAAUUUCUACAUGUACUUUUUCGGUGAUAAUUUGAACCAGGUGACACCGAGUAAACUCAACUUCGAUCGCCAGCGAAAUAGCAACAGUUUACCAAUCACAAUGCCACCACCAGUGCCAGCACGAGUAACGGCAACGACACCGGUAAAGCAAAAUGACAACAGUCUCAACCCAUUCGCCAAUACAUCACAAUACGAAAUUAAGAGCAUCGCCGUCACACCAUUGACCGACAAAGAAAACCCAUUCUAUGAUCCAAACACAAACGAGCUGGUGAGCACCAAACCGAAAUUCCUCAAUUUCCAGUUGACGAAGAUUUUGAACAACUUGUCCCCCGAAUGGAUCGACAAGAAUUUGCCACAACAUUCGAAACCAGAUGGGUCAAAGAUAGUAAACCAAGCAUCGCCGGCAGAUGAAAUCACAAUGGUACGAAUCACAAAUGACACGAAUGGUACGAAAGAACGCAAGAAUACAAUUGAUGAAGUGGACAAAACAUCAACCAAACAGAAUGGUUUCGAAGAGGCACCGCAAAUGCAAUCAACACCAGCGACAACUCGAAAACUUAAUCAAACAAAUGUGGUCUCAAAUCAGUCAAAAGUCUGUGAACCAGAAAAGACCGUUGUACCAUACAUGAAGCAGAGCAACGUUGCACAUCCACAAAUCGGAAAGAGCAAUCAGCGUCGUCAUGAAAUCGUACACAAAUCCAGCACUCUCAACAGUUUAGAAGAUUCAAUCGAAGAAGAAUGGGCAUUCCAGCAUGCAAAACCAACGAACGGUGAGCCAGAAGAGAAAAUGCCGCCAGCAUCACAAACGAAUUCAAUCGAGCCGAUUCAAAAUAAGAUCAAAAAGAAGGAAAAGCACACAUCCACUGAGUAUCCACAACCAAAGAAGUUGCCGGCAAUUGGCGAAACGGUACUGAUUCUGUACGAGCAUAUGGUGAGUGUAGAAGAAUUCUAUGCUGUCCUUCGGUUUGAUCCAACGCGUGACAUGGAAGUGGAUGAAUUUUCGGUGAUGAUGAACAAAGAAUGGAACAUACAACGCCUGCAACAGUACAACCACAAGUGUAAGCCAAAACUGUUCGACAAGGUGAUUGCAAUGUUCGAGAAUUGGUAUUGCCGGGCAAAGAUUAUCAAAGUCAUCGACGAGCAUGUGUUCCAGGUGUACUACGUGGACUAUGGUAAUUGUGCAAAGGUGAAAACAUUGCAAUUGUACAAAUACGACGAACGUUUGGACAAGUAUCCAGCGUAUGCUUUACAUUUCCGCCUGAACGGAGUCAAAGAGGUAAAUCCAUGGGACAACAAUUCGCGUCAAGCCAUCGAACAAAUCAUGAUUACCGAAUGUGAAGCAACCGUCGUUGAUAUCAUUCACUGCGACAAAAUGAAUCGCAAUACAUACGUGGUUGAUCUACGUGAUGAAAAUGGUUUGAAUGUGGCUGAAACACUGAUUAGCAAAAAUUACGCUCUACACACCGAACAUUUGGCAAAUCAUGCAACAGCAGAACGCUCACAUCAGAAUCGAAAUUGAAUUCAACAAUAGGUUCCAGAAGCUUCGACUAUGAGCACUUGAUGUACGCGCUCGCACAAAUAAUAAGAUUACAAUACACAAAUGAAGAAAAAAGGAAAAAAACCGUAGCAUUGAAAACCUUGAGUCUUACACAUCGUAUUUCUACUUCCCGUUUGAUUCAUUUAUUAGUUCCGUAUUUACGCUGUGACCGCAUAGAAUACAUGCUCUUAUACACGACUGCGAUAAAUUAUUUGCACAAAAUAAAAUCCAAUUCAUCGUCAUCACAUCACCAUACACACAGCAAUGAAAUGUAAGGAAAAAUUAGGGAAAAGGCAUUACAUGUACUUGCUUAUUGUACUAUUAUGAUGAAUAAAAAAACAACAUUUAUCCAUAUUUACAUUUUAAAA